ACUGCCACCCACCCGUGCUUGCUGCGCUUUACACUUCAUACUUCAAGCAGAUUCAGCCCGACAGACGGACCUUCGCAGCCCUUUUCUCUUCCGCAACUCGCGAAAGUUCUCCACUCUGCACCCCGUGUCUUGACUGCAAAAAGCGCCCGCAAUAGGAACAAAGCAUCAUGGCUGCCGAGAAGACGCAAACUACUGAGAGGCUGGAGGCCCAGAUCAAGUCCGCAGACAUGGCUCUCGACAUGCAAGAGCAGGCGAUCGAAGUUGCCACCGAGGCGAUGACCAAGUUCAACAUAGAAAAGGACAUUGCCCAAUACAUCAAGAAAGAGUUUGAUGACAAGCGUGGAGCCACCUGGCACUGCAUCGUCGGCAGAAAUUUCGGAAGCUUCGUCACUCACGAGACAAAGCACUUCAUCUACUUCUACCUCGGUCACUGCGCCAUUCUGCUUUUCAAGACCCAGUAGAAAGUUUAUGAUUCGCGAAAAGCUGGGAAGAAGACUCAGGUUCAACUUCUCGUUACAAACAGCUCUUCACGCCUGUCUAGGGCAGUUCAGCGGCAUCUUUCCCCUCGGCUUGCAUCCAUUUAAUGCUUUUUUGUAUUUGCAGCGAUAGUUUCGUGUAUGGAAACUUUUCACCCUUCGCGUCGUCCCCUACUACUGCACCGACGAACGAGCGUUUGUUGUUGGCCUGUAAACUGGAACCUCCAGGAGAGGGACCAGGUCCAAGAUGCCAGAAUGCGAAUAAAUUAUAAAUCAACACUGUUUGAGGCUAGAC